AUGGCAGUGAGCUCGAUCAAGAGCUCGAUCGAGUCAAGCCUCGAACAAACGAACUCGAUCGAGCUGGGACUGAAUGCAAGGAACAAGCUCAAGGAGAUUGGUCUGAACUUAAGGCACCUAAGGUCGACCUCAAACCUUUGCCUAAGGGCCUCAGGUAUGCAUUUCUGGUACAGAAAAGCAAUAGGCUAUACUCUAGAUGAUAUCAAGGGAAUCUCCCCUGACCUAUGCAUCCAUAGGAUUCAUCUAGAGGAUGAAAGUAAGCCUAGCAUUGAACCUCAAAGGAGAUUGAACCCCAAUCUAAAGGAAGUAGUGAAGAAAGAGAUACUCAAGUUGCUUGAUGCUGGGAUAAUCUAUCCCAUCAGUGAUAGCACUUGGAUAUCUCCAGUUCAUUGCGUCCCAAAGAAAGGGGGGAUCACUGUCAUAAAGAAUGACAAAGAGGAGCUGAUCCCUACUAGAACAAUAGUGGGGCAUCGCAUGUGUAUAGACUAUAUGAAGUUAAAUUCUGCAUCUAGAAAGGAUCAUUUCCCUCUUCCUUUCAUUGAUCAGAUGCUAGAAAGAUUAGCAAACUAUCCUUUCUAUUGUUUUUUUUAUGGUUAA